AUGAUUCGUUCAAUUUUUUCUGUUGUUGUCGUUGUUCUUGGCGCGUUGAACGCACUAGCUGUCCCUGUGGAACGUCGCGAAUCGGUGCUCUCAACGUGCAACACUGCGCGUUUGGGUGUGAUCUCUAGUCUCAAUUCUUCCUCGAGAUCCAUCGAGGCUUUGUUGAACUCAAGCAAUGAUUCCGCUGUGAUAUCUGCUUCUAAUCAGGCGCUUUCCGGAUUGCAUACCUCGCAAGGAGGAGUCGCAACUAUAGUGAAAGGUGUCCUUGCAGGAGUCACGCCGGACGAUACUGGUGUUCCAGCAAUUGCCAGUGGGUUAGCUACAGUAGCGCAGGCAUUGAGUUCGAUUAACUCUACUAACGAUUCUAACGUGCAAUCACAACUUGCAACGAUCUUGACGCAAGUCAACGGCAUCAAAACUAACGGCGACAAUGCGAUAGCUGAAUGCGCGAAGCUGUCACAAAGCUCGUCUAAUUCUUCCGUCUCUAAUUCUACAUCCUCUGAUUCUAACUCUAAUUCAAGUAAGGUUGUCACCGUCACUGCUACUAGGACCAUUCGUGGGGCGGCUAGGUCAAGUUUUGGACGACGGGCCUCAAACUCUCAGUGUGAUCUUACGACUACUGAGGCUGUUUCUGCCAUUGAACAGACCACGAAGGACAUACAACUACUUGCAAAAUCUGCCAAAAGUGAUAAUUCCACCCAAACUGCCGCUCAAGCUGCGAUAGCAGCUCUCACUUCUGCAGGUGGAGUUGUGACAAAUGUACAGGACGUUGCUUCUGCGGCGAACAUAGUUGGUCAAAGCAUUGUUGUCGCCCAGGAUCUUUUGAACCUCAUAAAUUCGACGGAUUCUUCUGUCAUUUCGGCACUUGAUAGCGCACAGUUAGACAUGAUCGGUAUGCUCUUUGCCGGCCAGAAUCUUGCUAUUGAUUGCACACCGACUGCUGGUGGUGUUGCUCCUGGUAAACGUCGCCGGGGACUGGGAGCUUUCAUUUUGGGAUACUAG